AUCUGAGGACGAAUAGAGGUGGAUCGGCUCCGCUGUGGACGGACAGAGGUGAAUCGGCUCCGCUGUGGACGGACAGAGGUGGAUCGACUCCGCUGUGGACAGACCGACCGGCUCAUCUGUGGACGGCAGAGGCUCUGUGGACCCCACUGGCUGGGGACCGACAGAUCCGGGGCAUCCGACCGUGCACAAGCAGGCCAGCGGGCGGUCUGCCUGCGCAGAGCAGAGGCGGGUCGGAUCGCUCCCGGAUCGAGGCCGAGUAUCGGCAGCUGAGGGACCGCCCGGACGCUCCCCGCGCCAGCGCAGCUUCUGAGGCGACCGCGCGGGGCGUCCAGCUCGUGACGACCCAUGGAGCGACCCGUCGUGGCCCGGCCGCUGCCAAAGCCGCUUUUGCUGCUGCUACUGCUGCUGCUGCCGCCGCUGCUGCUGCCGACUGUCCGCGGCGAGGACAUCGCGUCCUUGCUGCCGGCGCAGUGCACCGAGAACACGUCCGCGAUCGGCGAGGCGUUCUUCUGCUCGUGCCUGGACGACAGUGGCGUGCGCCUCGAGGGUAACCUUACCGGCCAGAUGAUGCGCAGUCGGGAGACCAUGAUGCGCGUGUACAACUGCACGAAGCUGUACGGCGAGUUCAUGGAGAUGAACUUCAGCUUCCCGCUUUACUACUCGUACCCGUAUCGCAGCGUUGGCGCGCUGUUCCAGGGCGCCGUGUUCGUGGUCGGCUUCCUCGGGAACGUGAUGGUGGUGGUGGUGGUGCGGCGGUCUCGCAGCAUGCACACGCCCACCAACUGCUACCUGGUCAGCCUGGCAGUGGCUGACAUCAUCGUGCUGAUUGCCGCCGUGCCCAACGAGAUCUUCAUGUACUUCCUGGUGGCGCAGGCCUGGAUCUGGGGCAACGCUGGCUGCGCCAUUCUCAUCUUCCUGCAGAACAUGGGCAUCAACGCGUCGGCUCUGAGCGUAACAGCGUUCACCGUGGAGCGCUACAUUGCCAUCUGCCGGCCACUCAAGGCGCGCACCAUCUGCACGGUGCAGCGCGCCAAGCGCAUCAUCUUCGCAGUCUGGGCGUUCGCCUUUUGCUACUGCAUCCCCUGGGUAUUCCUCACAACGGUGGUGCCCGUGCACUACAUCGGCAUCAGCGACGUGCAGGAAUGCACGUUCAAGCUGUCACGGCAGGCCUAUCUGGGGUACUUCUUCGCCGACAUGGUGCUGUUCUACGUAGUGCCGCUGGUCCUAUCCAGCGUGCUCUACACCAUGAUCGCCGUCGUCGUAUUUCGGCCUCCGCAGAUCCUGAAGCAGAUGGGCUCCUCGGCUUCGUCGGGCGGUGCGGAGCCGUCUAGCGGCAACAGCGGACGUGCCCAGGUCAUCAAGAUGCUGCUCACCGUCGUCUCCCUGUUUGCACUGCUCUGGCUGCCGUACAGAAGCAUGCUCGUCUACAACUCGUUCGCCCAGACGCCCGCCGACAAGUAUAUGGACCUGUGGUUCCUCAUGUUCGCCAAAACUUGUGUCUACAUAAAUAGCGCCAUCAAUCCGAUCCUGUACAAUGCCAUGUCUGCCAAGUUCCGAAGGGCUUUCCGGCAAGGCUUUCGAAGCCUAUGUUGUAAACGGGCUCAGCGCGACGACGGCGUGGAGCUGGCGGCCGCGCGUCGCCCUGCCGCCAGCGCCCUCGGCGAGCGGGGCCUGGCGAGCCGCUGCAGCGCGUCGGGCAUGAGUCAGCUUUGCGGUGUUGCUACUGAUGUGGUGUGCUUCGCUGGCCAUCCGCCGGCGCUGGAUUAG